ACAGACUGAUUGGAUCAGCACUGAAGGGAAAUCCCCAAGGCUCUUUGCACAGGCAGGGGAAUCUCUGCUGAUAAUGUCCACUAUUAAGAUUGAGGCCAUUGCUCCGGAGGCUAGCAGGUGUGGAGAAUCUCCAGUGUGGGAGGAAAAAUCCAAUAGUCUCCUGUUUGUGGAUAUACCAAGCAAGAAGAUUUGCCGAUGGAAUUCACUCACCAAUCAAGUGCAGGAGAUUGUUGUAGAUAGUCCGGCCACCUCAGUGGCCAUUCGACGGAGUGGUGGAUAUGUUGCAACAGUAGGGACUCGGUUUUGUGUUGUGAACUGGGAAAACCAAUUGGUAUCUGACCUGGUUUCUGUGGAUCAAGAUAAGAAAAAUAAUCGAUUCAAUGAUGGGAAAGUAGAUCCAGCUGGGAGAUACUUUGCUGGUACCAUGGCUGAGGAAACUGCCCCUGCUGUACUGGAGAGACACCAAGGUUCCUUGUAUGCUCUCUUUCCUAAUGGCACUGUGAAGAAGUACUUUGAUAAUGUAGACAUCUCUAAUGGCUUGGACUGGUCCUUGGAUCACAAAAUCUUCUAUUACAUUGAUAGCCUAUCUUACUCUGUGGAUGCCUUUGACUACGAUCUGCAGACUGGAUUGAUUGUCAACCGCAGGAGUAUAUACAAGAUGGAAAAAGAAGAACAGAUUCCAGAUGGAAUGUGCAUUGAUACUGAAGGGAAGCUCUGGGUGGCUUGUUACAAUGGGGGGAGAGUGAUCCGAAUAGAUCCCGAAACAGGAAAAAGACUUCAAACAGUAAAGCUGCCUACUGAUAAAACAACUUCCUGCUGUUUUGGAGGAAAAGAUUAUUCUGAAUUAUAUGUGACCUCUGCCCGGGAUGGAAUGGAUCCUGAUAAACUUUCAAGACAACCUGAGGCAGGAAGAACUUUCAAGAUAACUGGACUGGGUGUAAAAGGAAUCGCCCCAUUUGCCUUUGCUGGAUAAAUCCUGAGCCUGUUCCGGAGUAACUUUCCCAGUCUUCUCCUUUUGCUGAAAUGCUUCGGAAGAACUUGGAUUCAAAUAGAUUUAGAUCAAAAGGGAAGCCUUAAAAUUGACUUUCCCCUAAAGAUUAAAUAACAGCCUUUGGCUGGUUUGGUCUUUAUUUGGAACAAUGUCUAAGGGCCACAUUGGAGUUGAUGAGUCUUUGUGGCUGGUUAGUUUGCCCUGCCAAAUGAAGAAAUCCCAGAGCACCUUGUGACAUGAAUAUAUUAUAUAUCUUCAUGAGCAAUCACAUGAGUCUUAAUCAUUCUGUCAGUACUCUAUAAAAGAGUCAGUAAAGAGUGCUGUGAAAUUGCCAAGGAUUAUUCUUCACCCAUCAAUUGACCUCAACCUCUACCCUGCCUCCCUUAUAAGCUCUACUUGAAGAGGGACCACAUCUAUUCUUCUGUUUUGUUAUAAAAAAGAUCUAGGAUAUAUCAUCUCUACCCAAUAAAUAUCAGCAUGCUUACCCUA